AUGGGUAUUUCUCGGGAUUCCAUGCACAAGAGGCGUGCGACUGGAGGAAAGAAGAAGGCUUGGAGAAAGAAGAGAAAGUAUGAGCUCGGAAGACAACCCGCAAACACAAAGUUGUCUAGCAACAAGACUGUUCGCAGGGUGAGGGUCCGUGGAGGUAAUGUCAAGUGGCGUGCCCUGAGGCUCGACACAGGUAACUACUCGUGGGGAAGUGAGGCCGUGACCCGAAAGACUCGUAUUCUGGAUGUUGUUUAUAAUGCGUCCAAUAACGAGCUGGUUAGGACCCAGACUUUGGUGAAGGGUGCCAUUAUUCAAGUUGAUGCUGCGCCUUUCAAGCAGUGGUACCUUCAGCAUUAUGGAGUGGACAUUGGUCGUAAGAAGAAAGCUGUUGCCAAGAAGGAAGGAGAGGAGAAUGAGGCUGCUGCUACUGAAGAGGUAAAGAAGAGCAAACAUGUCCAAAGGAAACUCGAAAAGCGCCAACAGGAUCGUAAAAUCGACCCUCAUAUUGAGGAGCAAUUUGGUGGUGGCCGUUUGUUGGCGGCAAUCUCCUCCCGCCCUGGCCAGUGUGGGCGUGCUGAUGGUUAUAUUCUGGAGGGCAAGGAAUUGGAAUUUUACAUGAAGAAACUUCAGAGGAAGAAAGGAAAGAGUACUGGUCUGAAAUCCGAGAUACUCAUGAAAAGCGAAAAUGGGUCUGCCUCUGUGAUCUCUGGCAAUGCCACCUGCUCCGGCCUCACCGGGGUUACCCUUCGAGGCUCCGUCUCUAUUGAUCUUAUAAAUAGUGUCAACGGGAGGAAUGGUCCAUCUGAUAACCUUCAAAUAAGGGCGUUUCUGGCGACGAGGGGGUCAAAAAGAGGGGGAUAG